AUGGACUCUGAAGCUGCAAGUUCCAACGCGUCAAGCGACGCUGAGAUGGGCGACCCCACCGACUGGAAACAGCUCCUGCUCCAAGCGGAGAAGAAAUCCCACUGGAAGAAGAAAAAUAAGCUUUCUUCUUCUUCAAGUCAUCACCAGGUUCCACCGAGCACGCAGCAGCAGUUGGGAUGGGUAAAAACUGUUAGAAAAAUGAAAGACAACUUAUUUAUAGACGUGAAUGAUGGUUCCUGCCCUGAUAAAUUUCAAAUUGUAUUGCCUAAGGCUCUCAAACCUGAUUAUUUAAGUUUUGGUGCAUCAGUGGAAGUUAUUGGCAAGACAACUGAGAAUGUUAAUGGGCAAUUGGAAUUGAGAGCUGAUGAAUUGAAGAUUCUGGGCCCAUGCAUACACUCUGAAGGAUUUCCUUUUGCUGGAAAAGUGUCUCAUCCUCCCGAGUACAUUCGCAAAUUCUUGCACCUUAGAUCUCGUACAAGUGCAUUCAGUUCCAUUUUACGUAUUCGAAGUGCUGCUAGCAGAUCAAUACAUAAAUAUUUAAGCAAUGAAGGAUAUCUUAAUAUUCAUACGCCUAUCCUGACAGCUAAUGAUUGUGAAGGGGCUGGUGAAGUGUUUUUAGCAAGACCAGAAAAUGAAACUCACUUGAAGGAUAUGAUGAAACAGGGGUUAUCAUGUGAAGAAGCUUACUUUGAUAAAAAAGUAUUUUUAACUGUAUCUGGCCAGUUGCAUUUAGAAGCAAUGGCAAGAGGUCUUGGAAGUGUGUAUACGUUUGGCCCAACGUUCAGAGCUGAGAAUUCUCGGUCUCGUCUCCAUCUUUCAGAAUUUUAUAUGCUUGAAGCUGAAGCUGCUUUCAUGGAUAACUUAGAUGAUUUGCUUAAAAUGAUGGAAAAGUUUAUAAAAAACAUUACUACAGAAGUUGCUAAUGAGUGUGAAAGAGAUAUAAGAAUGCUGCAAGAUGAAGAGGCUAAAUUACAUGUUAACAAUUUAAUUAAGAAACCUUUUCAAGUGUUGAAUUUUAAUGAAGCAUGCUCAAUAAUAAAUCAGCAUUUUGAAGGCCCUAAAGUCACAGAAGGACUGAACAAGGAACAGGAACUAUUUUUAGUUAAUUAUUUUGGUAAGGUUCCUGUUUUUGUUGUGGAAUGGCCUCAAGCAUUAAAACCUUUCUACAUGAAAUUGAUGCCAGACACAUUGAAGGUGGCAGCUGUAGAUUUACUGGUUCCACAUGUGGGUGAAUUAUGUGGAGGAAGUGUUAGGGAAAAUGACUACAUUCUCCUGGAACAAAAAUUGAAACAAAUUGGCCAGUCGCAGGGUCUUGAUUGGUAUCUUGAACUGAGAAAGUUUGGAAAUAUACCAACAUCUGGAUUUGGAAUGGGUUUUGAAAGGUUCCUACAAUUAUUACUAGGAAUAGCCAACAUUAAAGAUACUAUUCCUUUUCCUCGGUGGCCUCAUAAUUGCAUUCUCUAGAAGUGAUAAAAAUGGCUAGUUUUUUCAUUAAUCAUAAUAUUUGUAAUUUGGAAUAGGUGAAAAAAAUGAACAAACAUUUUUAGUGUAAUUUAUUUUAUUAUCUUUUACCAUUUUACAAACUGAAGUGGUAGUAAGCUUUGCCUUCACCCUAGAACUAUGCAAACUAUGCAAACAAUGCAAAUUUGGGAUGCUGAGUGUACUUUUGGUGUAAAUAAAAAAAGGAAAGAAAAAAAACUCAGAGGGAGAGGAAAAGGAUAAAGAUAUGAACAUUAUUUAUGUAACAAAAUAU